UCAGUACACAACAUUAUUAAUUCAAGUAUUUUUUUCACAAAAUCUAAAAUAACGGGUUUAUCAAAAUUUAUUGUUCAACUGUGUAAUCUUUUGUGAUUUACAAGAGUACCAGAUCUAGACCAUUAAUAUUUAAAUAUUUUCUAACAAAUUAUUCUAAAUCCUUUGUGUAUAUAUAGGAACAAGUGCGUAUUUAUUUAUUGCUUUCUGGGCCAAAGUCAAGAAUGUAUAGAAAUUAAUUGGUCUCUUUGUUUGAAAAUUAGACGUAGAAACAAAUACCUAUUACAAUGGAUUCGAGAAUGACGCAUUUCAGACGUGAUAUAAACUAUCGAGCUCUACAAAACGAAAUUGUUCCACCAUUAGUUGUAUCAGCUGGAGCAACAAAUGCUGCCCCAACUAUGAUAAGCCUAGAUCACGACCAAGACGACACCACCAAUGUUAUCAUUCAUAAAGUACCUCAGACAAAAGGAGGUUGGUCACACAUAGAAGACUUGGAUUCAUUUUACACAAGAAUGUACAGAUAUUAUAUAAGGGGUGGUUUUUAUCCCAUGAUGAUGUCAGAUUUAUUCUAUUUAUUACAGUUUAUUUUUAUAGUGUGGUUCUCUACCUUUUUGGUGCAUUGUGUUGAUUAUCCAAGAUUAUUUAGAAAUGAUCCUAACGCAAACAGAAGUGAAAAGCUUAGCUUGAAUGACGUUAUUCUCUCUACACCAGAUUGUGUUGCCUGUAUUUCAUGGCAGUGGUGGUGCCUUAUUGUGCUGAGUGCCAUUAUUUUGUUUAUGCGACUAUUUAUAUCUAUUUAUCAUUUAUAUCAUGCAUAUGACAUAAAGUCAUUUUACAAUAGUGCCCUACGACUACAUGAGUGUGAUUUAGCUUGGGUAAACUGGUCCACAAUUCAGGAAAGAGUGAGAGAAGCCCAGACGGAGCAUCACAUGUGUGUCCAUAAACAAGAGAUAGAUGAACUAGAUAUAUAUCAUAGAAUACUCAGAUUUAAUAAUUACAUGGUGGCAAUGGUGAAUAAAAACUUACUACCUCUUCAAAUUCAUGUGCCUUGUGUUGGUGAUUUUCAUUAUCUGUCUAGAGGUCUAAAAUGGAAUUUGGAGUUUUUGUUAUUUUCUAGUCCGUGGAGUCCGUGGGAGAACUGUUGGAAAUUACGACCUCAGUAUAAAGACCCUUCGAAACGUAUGAUCCUGGCGAGGCAACUGGAGAAACAGAUUUUACUGCUGGCGAUGGUAAAUCUUGUCCUCGCACCGUUAGUACAGGCGUGGCAAAUACUGUACUUCUUUUUUAACUAUGCUGAGUUAAUAAAGAGGUCGCCUGGAUCGCUGGGUCUACGCACAUGGUCAUUAUACGCGCGCGUCACGUUACGUCACUUUAACGAGCUAGAACACGAGCUUCGUGAUCGAUUGAACCGAGCACACAAACCCGCUACUAAGUACCUGAGUAGUUUCUCGUCGCCUAUAACUACGGUUGUUGCCAAGAAUCUGGUGUUCUUGUCAGCGAGCGUACUCGGAGUGCUUGUCGUGCUGUCCGUGUACGACGAAGACGUGCUGACAGUGGAACACGUUCUCACAAUCAUCACGGUCCUGGGGUGCGUCCUAGCUGGAGCCAGGGCAUUAAUAGGUGACGAUGAUAACCUGGUCUGCACUGGCCCCGAAAGAGGCGAGGAAUUGUUCGUACAGGUCCUGGGUCACGUACACUACUUGCCGGCCGCGUGGCGAGGUCGGGCUCACACCAGGGAUGUGGCGGCGCAUUUCCAACAACUGUUCCAGUUUAGAGCGGUGUACAUAUUGCUUGAGGUGUUAAGUCCAAUACUGUGUCCGUUAGUGCUGUUAUCGCUGAGGAACCGCGCUCUCGAUAUCGUCGACUUCUACCGCAACUUUACCGUCAGUGUGCUUGGCAUUGGAGAUGUUUGCUCCUUCGCUCAGCUGGAUAUCCGACGACACGGUCAUCCUGAUUGGCAAACACCAUUGAAGUAUGAGAAACUGAAAGGUUGCAGUGCUCAGUAUAACCAAGGUGAAGGUGGCAAGACGGAGUUGUCGCUGGUUGCAUUCUCGUGCCGACACCCAGGCUGGAGCCCCACAGAGCCUGCACAACGACAGUUCCUGCGCUCACUGCGACAGAGUGCACAUAACGCGCUGCCCCUCAACGACACUAUGAACAAGACCAUGUUAGGCUCAUACGUGCAGCAGAGUAUAUUCGGCGUUAACACACCUUUACCGGCUGUUCUCUCCUACUAUCAACAACAAAAAUCACCCUACAGAUUACCCGACAUGGACGAAACGAGUGACGAAGAGGAAGGUCCCACACAAUCAGUCAACCGUCCGGUGGGUCUUGCCGGCACCAGUACAGCUUUGGGCGCCAGUGCAUUUGGUAUGAAACCGGCCACCGAUAUGCCCAUCGAUGAAGUCAGGGAUAUGUCUGUCAGUACACUGCAUCUGUACGAUUUACAUCUUUCUCAGACGGGUCCUAAUGUGUCGUCGUGCUGCACGAACAACUGCAGCGAUCGAGAUCCACGCUUGAAUGACGAGGCGACGCCACUUCUUCGUCCAUAACGUUGGUUUUUGUCGCCCUUCGAGGUUCGACCAGUGUGGGUCUAGCUACCCCAUAUGUGUAUAGACAAUUGCGACAUACUCUGCCAAAAUCGUUCGGGACACUUUCCUGCCUGUCACCAGAUUCUACAAGAUGUUCAACACGCGUGUCUUCCCUAACCAGUUUUUACAGUAGCUUUACCUGCUUAUAGCGUUAAAACAACACGUCGUGUUUUCACCUGUGUUGUAAACAGAUUAUCUUGAAAUUUUUUAAUGACAUCCAUUCUCAUAAUAUUCAUAUUGGUAUAUAGGAGCUAUAGUUUGUAACAUGUGCGAUAUAUUGUGUGAAAACAAUUGUCUAUAUUUUUGUAGUAGCUGUAGAAUAUUUGAGUUCGGCAGAUACAUUAUAUGACGGCAUAAUUCCUUCUUAUUUUCGAUAAAACUAUUGCCAAGAAGGUGUGACAAAAAUGUUACAUUUAACAGACAAAAAGGACCAGUCCAAAGCAACAAAGUAAUUUCGUAUCGAUUUGCCUGAAAAUAAUUAUCUGCCGAUGGCGAGAAACUGCCGAUAAACGUCUUGUGAUUUAUUGGACAGUAUUUACUGUGUUGCAACAGCCGCGAUAUAUCAAUCAUUUGAUUGAAUAACGCUGCUAUUGCUUUAUAGUUGGGUUUUUUUGGGGAAUUUCCAAAAAAUAUUGGUUUGGUACCGCUGCAAUGGUUCCGCUCUUCUCUGAUCGGUGCGAAAUAACUCACACAAACUUUUAAUUAAAAUUAGUGAUUGUAAUAAAUUUUUAUAGUUUUUAAGGAGUGAUAAUAUAUAAUAUUCAAAUUAAAAGUAUUGAUUACGAUUAAACGGGCGUUAGUCUAUAUUAUACGAAUGUACAAAUACUGACAUUGGCUAAAUUUAUUAUUAUAUACAAUAUAGUGGUUAUUAGUUGAAUUCUCAUAUUCUCAUAUUCACAAAUUUUCUAUUUUAGUAAAGAAAUUAAAGUCAUACAUGGUAUUCCAAUUUUUGUGUAUUUCAAUUCUUAUCGAAGACUAUCAAAAAUGUCACCGAUUUUUUAAGUGAUUUAUAACAAAUGGGGGAAAUUAUCGAAUAUUUAUUUGUGUCUUUAUAUAUGAGGUGUGAAAAGAAGUAUAGCCGCAGUUCAGAUUAAACGUCUCUGAUAUUCAAACCCCGGCUGGAAAUUUACAAAGGCUAUACAAUAAGAGUGAAAGUGCAAACUGGCUUAGCUUUUGUUUGCCAAAAACUUGAUGAAACCCUAAUCUAUUACAGUAAUACUAUAACACAUUUUGGUAAAUUACAAUAGUAAGUAACCGAAACUGCGUGGACUUUGUUAGAUAAAUUCUUUCUUCAAUUGCAGCAACAAAUGCUCUUCAAUUUUAUACCGAUUUUUACCGGUCGAUAGCUACUAUGUAGAAAUUACCUCGGAUCGUUACGACGUUAGUCCCAAAAAUAAUAAUGCGUAUUAAAUUUUCUAGUGAACAAGGGCGGAUUCGGUUCUGGCACUCGCCGGCUUGUGCCGCGGCACGCUGCACUUGACUCGUGAUUAACAGUCAAAAUUUGAUUUUGGGACUUACUAGUGAAGAAGGGUCAAUUCGGUUCUUUAAUGACUAGUUUUUGACCGUACGUAAUAAAGAUAUACGUACGUUAGUGAUAUAUGUAAAAGAUAUAUGUACGUUUAAAGAUAUUGCGAUAAAAGACGAUCAAGAAAAAAAGCGUUUGAGUAUUUUUUUUUACUGACAUAGAUUAGGUAUUGUCCAGUAUUAUGCAUAAACAAAACCUCAUCAAAUCAAAAAUCAAAAUCAGUUUAUUCACGUAUGUCACGGAAAUGACACCUAUGAAUGUCAAAAAAAAAAUUUUUCUUAUUGAAUCUACCGCUACUUCGUAAAGGGUUGAGCUAAUGAGAAGAAGUAGCACGAAACUCAUUGCCACUCUUUUAUAUCAAGAUUUACAUUUACAUCGAUUUACAAAUCAUUUCAAUUACCUACAAUAUGUAAAAUGAUGCAACAAACACACUCAAACGUCAAAUAGUCAAUGUCUUACACGAGUAAGCCAAAAAAGUAAAUGUAAAUUAAUACAAAAGUUAUUGAGUACAGUAGCUGCAUCAUCCACAUACACCAUAAAUAAAUAAUCUAUCUAUUAGAGUCAUGACUCAAAUCGUAUAAGCCUUUGUAAAUUCGCACCCCGGCUACCUUUUAUCUAACCGUAUAUGACUAUAUGACGCAUCAUUCUUAAAUCUUGCCAUUACUGUGCUUAACACGUGCUAGGUAAGUAAUGCCAGAAUUAUCAGGAGGAGGCUCCUUUGGGCCUGCCACAGCUUUUAUUACCAGUGGGAGGCUCCUUUGCACAGGAUGCCGGCUAGAUUAUGGGCACCACAACGGCGCCUAUUUCUACCGUGAAGCAGUAACAGUAAUGUAUAAGCAUUACUGUGUUUCAGUCUGAAGGUCGCCGUAGCUAGUGAAUUACUGGGCAAUGGGACUUAACAUCUUAUGUCUCAAGGUGACGAGCGCAGUUGUAGUUCCGCUCUGAAUUUUUGGGGUUUUUAAGAAUCCUGAGCGGCACUGCAUUGUAAUGCGCAGGGCGUAUCAAUUAUCAUCAGCUGGACGUCCUGCCCGUCUCUUCCCUUAUUUUCAUAACAAAAAGGCAAGGCUCGAAACAAGCAUCAUGCACAAAUAAUGACACAAAUAAAAAAUUGGAUUACUUAAUUUAACGAAAACUGAAGUUCAAACAACCUAACUUAAAACAAUCUUUAGUAUUCAAUUUGGCCACUAAUAAUUUUAAUUAAAUUUAAUUAAUUAUUCGCCAAUUUUAGCAGCUCAUAUUAAUAUUUUGUGUUUCAUUAAUAUUGCUAGUUGCAUUGUUAUUUUACACAAACAAUAUAGAAUCGCUCAUUUAUAGUUACCAAAUAUUUGUUUAAACAAAAUCCGAUUUUAUCGUACUAUAAUAGUGCAUUAUUAUAUUUAUGCUAUACUAGCUGAGCCGACAGACGUUGUUCUGUAUAUAAUAAAUAAAAUAAUUACAUAUAACAUAACAUCAAGAAUUACUUCGUAAAAUAUGCACUCUGCUGUCGUAAUGAUUCACAGCAGAACUAUCAAACCGUGCGUCAAUAAAUUCUCUCAUAGAAAUUAUGUAUGGACAUAAAUUCUUCAUCAAAGGAAAAACAAAUUUGUUGUUUUUAUUUAAUUCCGAGUAUUUUGCUAUUUAUUCACCUUUUAAACCUUCUCUGGACUUCCACAAAUAAUUCAAGACCUUAAUUUUCCAAAUCGCACCAGCCGUUCUUGAGUUUUAACGAGACUAAAGAACAGCAAUUCAUUUUUAUAUAUUUAUACUAUUUUAGUUAGAUCUACAUUUAUUUGUUCCCCUUAAAAAAGAUUAGUUACAUAAUUGAAAGGACAACUCGAAAAAAAAUAUUAUUUGAACGAUUAGUCAAAGUCACUUAAUUUAUUAUUAACUAAGUGGAUUUUCACUCAAAUUUAAUGAAAGUUAAGUGAUCCUUGUAAAUUGUGAGAAUAUUAAAGCAACGACUAAAAUUGUUAUUGUGAUUGCACAUAGUAGCGUCUUAAUGUUUUUUAUAAAUAUACGAGUACAUACUGUAGCUUUUUUGUGUAUCUGUGAUUGAAUGCGUAGUUUAGGAGCAUUAGUGCGUAUAAUACAUCCAUAUCAAAUGAUAUUGGCAACAGAGGGUGAUUUACUAAGCCGCUCCCCACUUUCUACUUAAAGUGUAUUUUUAUAAUUGCUUACCAUUUAGAAAGCACUGCCUUACUUGAAUGUAUUAUGCACAGUAGAUGUUAUUAUUUACUAAUAAGUAUUGUGAUAUAGAAAGUACCAAUAGGCCAAACAUUAUAAACUUCAUUCAUAUUCUAAAAUUCGAUAGGAUAUAUAUUUAAGACGGUCAUUGUUUAAAAUAUUAUAGUAUAUAGUUUUGUAUGCAAUAAAGCCUAACGAUGAUAUUAUAAUAUGAAGAGUUGUACGUGUAUAAGCUUUUAAAACGAAAUAAUAGCGGCUCGCUAUAGUUAUGCUAACACGCGUUUAUUCAACAAUAUAAAAAUAUUACAUAUCCCAUGCAAUAUUUAGUAAUAAUAAAUUUAAAACAUUGCUUUGAAAAUUUUGUGCUCUGGGUCUGCUUUUGUAGACAUAUUAUCAUGACAUAUCAUAUUAAAGUUCAAAUUUCGCGCAGUGACUGAUUAGCAAGGGGCUCCGGGUUCGAUAUCCGGUUCUAUAUCCUUCUUGUUUUUGUUGAUAUUGUAUGAUUAGAUACAUCAUUUACUUCGAAAAUAUUGCCUUAAAUAAAUUCUGCUAUAACUUUUAAAUUUUAUAAUAUGCUGUUGACAUCGCGUGCCUAUGCUUGGAUAAUUUUGGAUGCGAUGCAAUAGCUCAAUGAACCUUUAGGGUUUCGAAACGUGCCUUUUUAUGUCUUUACCAUAGUUUCACAUAAAAUAUUGCUUCUAUAUGAUAUUAUAGUAUUCGCUUUUAUUGAGUAGAUUCUGUAAUAUUCAAUCAGCAAUAUAUUAACAAUAAGCGAAAUUGUGAAAUUCAUAUUAUUACUAUUUCAGAAAUAUAUCUGCUGCGUAUCAUUGUAAAAUCGUUCGGGUAUAAUGUCGUCUCUAUCACAUUGUAGCAACUAGCCGACAGAGAUAGCGACUGUGGAAGCAACAUAACUAUAUCUACAGCGUUCGUCUGGGGCAGUAGAACCGGCAGUUUAAUUUUGUGACGGUGGACGUAUCGCAUCACGGUACGCCUCAAGUUGUUUUAUUGACGCGUUACGACUAAGAUAAUAACGUCAUUAUCAUGAGCUACAGCUAUACUAUCUCUGCCUCUUGUAUAAUGUGAUGGAAGGAAUGAAAACAAAGAAUCGAAAUCAAGUUGAAACUUAGAAAAUUGUUCUCUUACGCGAACAUACAAACGUUCAACUCAUACAUUCAAAUGAAAUGCUUUUUUAAAUGGUUCAUGGUCCCCAUGAAAAUUUUGUUCUGAAUAAACAACGAAACUAAGGCUGACAUCUAUAGAGUGCAUUAAGACUAUGCUCAAACUUUACUUACGUUUUCUAAGUUAUUCUUAACUGAGUGUGAUAAAAGCCAAACUUUUUCAUUGGGCUGUGUUAAACUUAAGCUCAACAUAAUAGCUGCUGUAAAAUGAUUAUAAAAAUGAUGUCAAAGAUAAUACUAGACUUAUAAUCAGUCUAUCAGUGGGAGCCUUCCUUGCACAGGAUGCCGGAAAUUACUGGGCAAAUGAGACAACAUCUUAUGUCUCAAGGUGACCGCAGUUGUAGUGCCGCUCAGAAUUUUUGGGUUUUUCAAGAAUCCUGAGCGGCACUGCGUUGUAAUGGGCAGGGUUAUAAAUACCAUCUGAUAUACGUCCUGCUCGUCUCGUCUCUUAUUUUCAUUAUAAAAAAAGUUCAAGUUUUACAUAAGUAAAGUCUGAGCAAAGUCUGAAAUAACAUAGGUCUUAGUUAUUGAAAAAGUAUUUUGUCUUAAUGAAUGGAAAUUGUUAUUUCAAUGUGUACUUCGAAUUUAUGUUAUCGCGUGCAUUUUUUUUUUCAUAUUCUGACGCUGAUGAUAUACGUAUGAAGGCUUAAAAACAAUAUAAGUAUCAGUAUCAGAAACUAUGUUAUAUCUAUGAAUGUUUUUAUAUUAUGUUAAACUUGUAAAAAAUUAACUAACUAAAUAUAGUUACUACUGGAUGGUUUUUUGAGAAGGGCAGUGAUGGCCGAAUCGGAAACUACGAGAUAUAGAGGUAAGUCGUGAAGGGAGUCAUGCCCUCGAUUGAUAAGAAACCAAUACAACUGCAUAUUUAAUUAAGUUAGUUUUAAAUUUUUUUGAACUUUUGACGGAAAUCGACCCGAAUGAUUUUUCAAAAAAAUUCCAACCUGUAUUAUUGAAGCAAUGGAUUCUGUUGCCGAUAAGCUUCCCUUCUUUUCUCUCAAAAAACCAUCCUGUAUAUACUGUUGGUGUCGUCACCCGAUAGCUUUAAUUUUUUUAAAGUUUAUUCAUAACAUAAUAUGAUAUAAAUACAUACAUCACGUUAAUAAUUACAUAAGUACGAAAAUAUUGUGUUGCAAAUAUUUAAAAUAUUCAAUUAUAUAGAUAUUAAUCGUCGUAUUUAUAACACCAUUAAUCAACAACCUAUUAAACCUAAUUUAGCUAUGGAGCUGUUUUGCCCCAUUUCUGUCAUAGGUUAUUUUAAUUUGACAGAAAGUGACAAAACAGUUUGAUAGUUGGACGUAAUUCCAAAAAAAAACGUUCCCAACCACAGAUAUGUAGAAAUUGAGUUAAGAACACAAAACUGGUCUCGUGAUUCAUAUUAACGGACUGACAAAAAAUGGCAGACCUACUGUCACUCUUUAAAUGACAUCAUGACUUAUUUGCCCAACCCACAUGUAUGGAAUACACUAAUAUUUAUUAAAAUUUUAAAUACGAAUUCUUUUGGAACGUUUUUCAGGAACUACAUCCAGUUAAAGUUUAAAAAGAGGUUUAAUUAUUUUUAGGAUGGUGAACAUAAAAUCGCAAUUUCAUAUAUAUGUAUGAAUAUACAUCGUUUUAGUGAGAAUAAUACAGUACAAUUUAAUAAUUUACAAACUUACGCUUUAUAUACGAACUAUUAAAUAAAUAAUUUAUAUUAUGACGUAUUUAGGUCAUCUUCAUGAAAAUACUUUAAUAAACACUUUAUUUUGUGUGACGCUUGUGAUUAGGAGACGGCUUACAGAAAGCUAAAAAAAAGUCUAUUUUUGAUAAAUUGAAAUCAGAUGUAACAGUACUUCAGACAUUUGUGAAAGUAAAAUAAAUUAAGAAUGAUUGUUCAACAUAUUGUAAUAAACAUAUUUAUCAUAACAGUUUUAUAAAUAGAAUUAAUGCAAUAAUAAUGUUGAUUUUUAUACCCUACGAUGAAAAAUAUAAUAUUAUACCAAAAGUGAUCGCUUUCUAUGUAAUAAAUAAUGUCAAAAAAAUGCCUUUAAAAAAACCACUAUAUAGACAUUAAGAAUCAUUUGCUUUAGAUUUAGAAUAAUUGUAACGAGAUACGCGUUUGAUAUGGAUGUCGCAUCUAAGGCCGCGAUUUGAAUAUUUUUAUAAAAACAUCGUUCAAUAGUCGGAAUAAUAACCGUUUCUGUUUCUCGUGGCUAGUUAAACGAAUCAUUAUAAAAUAAUAUAUUAAUUUAAUACAUCGACAAGCCCAGAUUCUUGUAGUUUAUUUUUGUAUGAUUGAUAGAUAGACGCUGCGACGUUGAGGGCUUGCCAUCUAAAGAAAUUAUUUUUCUCCGUUAGUCUUCUCUCUGGUGACACAGAUAUAUGAUUUAUAUCUAUAGAAACUACAACACGACCCGAAAUAGGAUAAAAAAUCCAUUUUGAAUGUACGCAAGAACAGAGUUUUGUUACAUAUAAGUCUCUUGAUUAGCUGCGAUAAUUUUUGGGCCCGUUUCAUAGUACGAAUAUGUUUUGAUACAAUUAUCUAAAAUUGAGCCAAAUUAAUACAACGCGAACACGUGUUAGUCUUAACCAGUGCGGGGCUCCUUUGCACAGGAUGCCGGUUAAAUUAUGGAUACCACAACGGCGCCUAUUUCUGCCGUUCGGUCUGAAGGGCGCCGUUGCCAGUGAAAUUACUGGGCAAAUGAGUCUUUCGGGAAUCCUGAGCGGCACUGCAUUGUUAUGGGCAGGGCGUAUCAAUUUCCAUCAGCUGAACAUCCGGCUCGCCACGUCCUUUAUUUUCAUAAAAAAUAAAAUGUACGUUCCAGGCAACCAAACAGUUAUAUGAUGUGAAAUCUAUGGAUAGAGGCAAACACUGGAAGUAAGCUCUUCGAUUUGAAUUCGGUUCCAUUUAAAAAAUAUAUAUUAUAGGUACUAAUGUGAAAAACACUGAGCCUGCGGGCAACAUUAUGUUUUUAUUAAAAAAAAUCCCAUACGCACGAGUUAUAGUGACACACCAGUGUAGUAUUACAGGAAAUAAAUCAAAAUAAAUUUAUAUGUAUUAUGUCAACCGCUUUAGCAUAGUAAUGAUCGUUUAACCAGUCACAUUCGUGUAGUGAGACACGGGUUCUGUUGGAUCCUUGACCUCUCAAAUCUAACCAAAUUGUAAAUAUUUAGUUCAAUUUUUUUCUCGUCUGAGUACAUAUAAGUGUAUUGUGAUAUAUAUUCCUUUAUUUUAGAUAUAAGCUUAGAAGUAUAAUGUUAUGUACAACUCGUGAUUUGCAAUACUAUAUUCGCGGAAAGCAGCAACGUAUCGCCCAAUUUUUAUAUCGUAAUAACCGCCUUAUUAUAUGAUGUAUGUGCAAUAAAUUUUUAUAAUAUUAGUGUUAUGAGUAAAAUUCUAAUAAUAAUUUUCAAUUGUAAUUCUUAUCCAACUUUGUAUUUGUAGUCGCUAGAUAAUUUCAACUUUAAUACCAGUACUAUUGUUAAAGAACAUUAAAAUGUAUGAAUUUACUAGUGAAUAUUUGGCUUGAUUAAUUAUAAUCAAUCUCUUAGUGAUAGAGCUACAGUUUAAUUCGAUCUUCUCUUUCGUUUGAUUCAAUACAAUAGUUAAUUCGGUGGAAUAAAUUAAAUAAAGUCUUGAAAAAGAAAAACUAUGAUUCAGAUUAGUUCUCCUUUUGCAGCCUAACGCAGUAUUGUUGAAACUUGAAGUACGUUCGAAUUUAGGUCCGGUAUCUCAUGUAUCUGCGGUAUAUCUUUCAGGACAAUCAUCCGUUCCAGCAAUACAAUUUUAAUAUUGGAUCUGAACACGUCCAGAUUAAUUCAUUUAAAACUACACAUAUCGUAAUAUUGAUACAACUGUCCAGCGUAAUUAUGUCUGCCAUGUGUAUAAUGGUCAUUAAGUAAUUAACCAAGUUUCUUUAUUUUUCGUUCAAAGCAAAUAUUAUAACAUUUUAUCACACUCAUGCUUACUUACACUAAGGUCGGUCGCACAUUUUCGUUUUAUGAUUCGAUUAUACGAAUGCAGGAUAAUUUAGAUUGGUCUACAUGCGCACACGUUAUUUUUUCGGACCGAAAAAAUCCGGACAUACUUUUCAAUCGAACAAAGUCGCGUCCAGAAUGCUGGUUCGGUUAUAUUAUAAUUUUACAUUUGGUAUGUACCUCAGGACACGUCCGGAAUUUCUAUUCGAUUCAAUAAGUCUAUUACCAAAAUCGAAAGCCGAAGUUUCGGCGCGAAAUGAAAGAUCGACGAACUUCAAAUUAAAUCCUAUUACCAAAGUACUUCGGGAUCCGAAUAGAGCGGAUGGAUUUCGUUACUAUCAUAAUAAAACAAACAAUGAAAUUGUAAAUAUCAAGCGAAUAUGGGAAUAAGGUAAACGAAAAACAAAAUGUUCUAAUCUAAUCGCGAACUUUGUAUCGAUCUUCGGAUCCGAAACACUUUUGGUAAUAGGAAAAUGUACGAUCCGUCAACCGAAACUUAGUAUUUCGAUUUUAGUAAUAGGGCUCCUGAACUACGUUCGAGUAAUUACCGUAUUCGAUCAUUCAAUUCGAUGUCGCAUGUUAAAAUUUUGCGAAGUGAAAUUCUAAUGGAAAAGCGAAUGAGUGCGGCCGCACAAAUUUUGAAUUUUCGUGAGUUCUUUUACGUGUCUUUUAUUACUGCCAUGUGAAAGCCUAAUUAGGUUAGUUAGUAGAAGUUUUGUUGUGUUAUUUUUUUUGUAGAAAUUUAAUGUUUUCGACAUUAGUCAAAUUUAUUAUUUAGUAGCUUUAAUUGAUAAUUACCAAUGAAAAAGUGUUGUUUGAUGAUUAAAUUUUCUUAUGAUUAGCGUUUGAUGUGUUUGUUCAAAAUGAAAAUUCGGUUGGAGAAGGUCUGUGGUAAAUAAAGAGUUUUUAUUCUAAAAUA